UCACGUGCCCCCUCCCCCCCGCGCGCCCGGCUCCGGCUGCCGUCUCCGUGCACUUGUCGGUUGGAAGCUGAGGCGGGGGGUUGGGCUACAGGCCGCGGCGGUGAAGCAACGACCCAAACCCUCACAGGGACAGUGUCAAAGAUGGGUCAGUGCGGGAUAACGUCGUCUAAAACCGUGCUGGUGUUUUUAAACCUGAUAUUCUGGGCGGCUGCAGGGAUCCUUUGUUACGUUGGUGCCUAUGUCUUCAUUACGUACGAUGAUUACGACCACUUCUUUGAAGAUGUAUACACGCUUAUUCCUGCUGUUGUCAUCAUGGGGGUCGGGGCGCUCCUGUUCAUUAUUGGUUUAAUUGGCUGCUGUGCCACCAUCCGUGAAAGCCACUGUGGCCUGGCAAUUUUUGUGCUGAUUCUACUGAUAGUUUUCAUCACGGAAGGAGUUGUCGUGGUACUCGGCUAUAUCUACAGAGCAAAGGUGGAGGAUGAGGUUGAUAACAGUAUUCAGAAAGUGUAUAGUGAAUACAAUGGAACAUACCCAGAUGCUGCCAGCCGAGCGAUUGAUUAUGUACAGAGGCAGUUGCGCUGUUGCGGCAUCCACAAUUACUCUGACUGGGAAGAUACACAGUGGUUCAAACAAACCAAGAACAAUAGCGUGCCAAUCAGCUGCUGCAAAUCGGGCAUCACCAACUGCACAGGCAGCAUGAACCGUCCUUCAGACCUGUAUGCCGAGGGAUGCAAAGUUCUGGUGGUGAAGAAGCUACAGGAAAUUAUGAUGUACGUUAUUACAGCUGCUCUAGGAUUCGCCGCGAUUCAGUUGCUGGGCAUGUUGUGUGCCUUCGUGGUGCUGUGCAGGAGGACCGGGGACCCUGCCUACGAGCCCCUCAUCCGCGGAGGAACCUAUGCAUAAUCUGCUUCUUGGGUAUUCUGUUUCUUUCCCUUCCCCCUGCCCCUCUACUCCUCCCAUCACCAUUCCCCAACAUUACCUUCCAUACUCAAAAUGGCUCUGCCAUUUUUACCACUGGAAGUUCGGGUUGGAUUGUGACCAUGUAUGUCUAUGGCACAAAAAGUGGUUCUCCUCUUUUUUUUAAUGUGUAUAUAAAGUAGAUUUAAAGCACAUCUUGCAGUCUGAGCUGCUGGGGUUAAUCCUCACAAGUGUACACACAAUAGCUAUAUCUGAGGCUGUAUAACUAGUCGAGAUUAAACCGUACAAAAAUAACUAAUACUGUAGCAAUCAAGGAAACUAUAAUCAGAAGUAACUAUGAAUUGUUUCAAAAGCCUGAUCUUCCAAGAUUUAAGUAUCAACUCUAAUCUAUAACCUGAAUUUUGUUUUAGUUUUACUGUGUACUAUCAAGGUAUUUUACAUUGUAUAGUUUUAUUUCCCAGUUUGCUGUAUUUGUAGUGAGAGUUCUGAUGAACCGUUUUAAAAUGUCUCUUGGAAUAAUGCAGCCUUGUAGCAAGGAUACGAUAUGUGAACUGAAUUAAUGAAUAUAAAGAUUGUUGAAAUUGAA